AUGCGGUAUCGAAGAAAUGGCAAUUUUGAGAGUUCCAGGCUCCUUUAUUCCAGCAUGUCCCGCAGCAUAGAUGUGUCAUGCAGUGACAGUGGUUUGGUCAGUUUCAUUCAAGAAAACUUUAAGAAGAGAGAAUGCGUCUUUUUUACAAAAGACGCCAAGUCAAUGGACAACUUGUGUAAAUGUGGAUACCCUGAAAAUCAGCACAUAGAGGGCACUCAGAUUAAUAACAGUGAGAAAUGGAAUUACAAGAAGCACACCAAAGAACUUCCUACUGACGCUUUUGGGGACAUUCAGUUUGAAUACUUGGGGAAAAAAGGAAAGUACAUCCGUUUGUCAUGCGACACAGACUCUGAAACGCUCUAUGAUCUCAUGACUCAGCACUGGCACCUGAAAACCCCUAACUUGGUCAUUUCUGUCACUGGUGGUGCAAAGAACUUUGCCUUGAAGCCCCGAAUGCGCAAGAUAUUCAGCAGGCUGGUCUACGUAGCCCAAUCCAAAGGGGCCUGGAUUUUCACUGGAGGCACACAUUAUGGGCUGACGAAGUACAUUGGGGAGGUGAUCAGGGACAACACCAUCAGCCGGAGUUCUGAGGAAAACGUGGUGGCCAUUGGCAUAGCAGCCUGGGGCAUGAUUUCCAACCGCGAAAGUCUGAUUCGCAGCGGUGAUAACGAUGGGUACUAUUUGGCCCACUACAUAAUGGAUGAUCUCAAGAGAGACCCUCUCUAUUGCCUGGACAAUAAUCACACCCAUCUCUUGCUGGUUGAUAAUGGCACCCAUGGGCAGCCAACAACAGAGGACAAAGUACGAACUCAGUUAGAAAAGUACAUUUCCGAGCGGGUUAUCCCAGAAUCUAAUUAUGGUGGGAAGAUCCCAAUUGUAUGUUUUGCCCAAGGCGGAGGGAAAGAAACUCUAAAAUCUAUCAAUGUGGCCAUCAAGAGUAGAAUUCCCUGUGUUGUGGUGGAAGGCUCUGGCCGGAUUGCUGAUGUUAUAGCUAGCUUGCUGGAGGCGGAAGGUGCUCUUGCUGCUUCUUGUGUCAAGGAGAGCUUACUCAGGUUUCUGCCUCGCACCAUUGCCAGGCUCUCGGAAGAGGAGACUGAAAAUUGGAUCCAAUGGAUCAAAGAAGUCCUUGAGAGCCCUCAUUUACUCACAGUUAUCAAAACAGAAGAAGCUGGUGAUGAAAUAGUGAGCAAAGCCAUUUCUUUUGCUCUGUACAAAGCUUUCAGCACCAAUGAACAUGACAGAGAUAACUGGAACGGGCAGCUGAAGCUGCUUCUGGAGUGGAACCAGUUGGACCUGGCCAGUGAUGAGAUCUUCACCAAUGACCGCAACUGGGAGUCAGCUGACCUUCAGGAUGUCAUGUUCACAGCCCUAGUGAAAGACAGGCCCAAGUUUGUUCGGCUCUUCUUAGAAAGUGGCUUGAACUUGAGGAAAUUCCUUACCACAGAGGUCCUGACCGAGCUGUACACCAACAACUUCAGCAGCCUGGUGUUUAAGAACCUGCAGAUUGCAAAGAAUUCCUAUAAUGAUGCGCUCCUCACAUUUGUGUGGAAGAUGGUUGAAGACUUCCGAAGAGGUGUCAAAAGAGAUGACAAGAACAGCAGGGAUGAGACAGGGAUACAGCUCUCGGAUCAAUGUCCCAUCACAAGGCAUCCGUUGCAAGCUCUGUUUAUUUGGUCAGUUCUUCAGAACAAGAAAGAAUUGUCCAAAGUCAUCUGGGAACAGACCAGAGGCUGCACUUUGGCUGCUCUUGGGGCCAGUAAGCUUCUGAAAAGCCUGGCCAAGGUGAAGAAUGAUAUUAAUGCUGCUGGUGAGUCUGAGGAACUUGCAAAUGAGUAUGAGACAAGAGCAGUUGAGUUGUUCACUGAGUGCUACAGCAGUGACGAAGAGCUCGCUGAGCAGCUACUGACCUAUUCCUGUGAAGCCUGGGGAGGGAGCAACUGCUUGAAACUAGCGGUGGAGGCCAAAGACAAACAAUUCAUUGCACAGCCAGGGGUGCAGAAUUUCCUUUCCAAGCAGUGGUAUGGAGAAAUUUCAAGAGAUACCAAGAACUGGAAGAUUAUUUUGUGUCUGUUUUUCUUCCCUUUAAUUGCCUGUGGUUUCAUCUCAUUCAGGAAAAAGCCUGUGGAGAGGAGUAAGAAACUCUUGUUGUAUUAUGUGUCUUUCUUCACCUCCCCGUUUGUGGUCUUCUCCUGGAAUGUUAUCUUCUACAUUGCUUUCCUGUUGCUCUUUGCCUACGUCUUGCUCAUGGAUUUCCAGAAGGAACCUACCGUCCUGGAGAUAAUCCUUUAUGUGCUCGUCUUCAUUCUGCUUUGUGAUGAAGUGAGACAGUGGUACAUGAAUGGGAAUAGGUAUUUCUCAGAUCUGUGGAAUGUCAUGGAUACUCUGGCAAUCUUCUACUUCAUAUCAGGGAUUGUAUUUAGGCUUCGUUCAUCCAAUGAAAGUUCUUGGUAUACUGGCAGAGUCAUUUUCUGUUUGGACUACAUAGUUUUUACUCUGAGGCUGAUCCAUAUUUUCACAGUUAGCAGGAACCUUGGACCCAAAAUUAUUAUGCUGCAGAGGAUGAUGAUAGAUGUUUUCUUCUUCCUCUUCCUCUUUGCUGUGUGGAUGGUGGCCUUCGGUGUGGCCAGGCAAGGCAUCCUGAGGAAGAAUGAGCACCGCUGGGAGUGGAUAUUUCGUUCUGUCAUCUAUGAACCGUACCUGGCUAUGUUUGGCCAGUAUCCUGAUGAUGUUGAUGGUACCACCUACAACUUUGACCGCUGCACCUUCACUGGGAAUGAGUCCAAGCCCUUGUGUGUGGAACUGGAUGCCAACAACCAACCCCGCUUCCCAGAGUGGAUAACAAUCCCCCUCGUGUGCAUUUACAUGCUCUCAACUAACAUCUUGCUCGUGAACCUGCUGGUGGCCAUGUUUGGAUACACAGUUGGAUCAGUACAAGAGAACAACGACCAAGUAUGGAAGUUCCAGCGGUACUUUUUGGUCCAGGAAUACUGCAGUCGCUUGACAAUCCCCUUCCCUUUUGUCAUCUUUGCCUAUAUCUUCAUGGUGAUGAGGAAAUUUUUUAAAUGCUGCUGUAAGAACGAGAGUAAAGAGCUGUGUCUUUGCUGUUUAAGAAAUGAGGACAAUGAAACUCUGUCAUGGGAAGCUGUCAUGAAAGAGAAUUACCUUGUCAAAGUCAAUACUAAAGCAAACGAUUCAUCAGAAGAGAUGGUGCAUCGCUUCAGACAACUGGAUGCAAAGAUCUGUGAUUUGAAAAGCCUUCUGAAAGAGAUUGCCGGCAAAAUGAAAUGA